CUUGUAUUUGACAGGUGCUCUAUUGACAAUUACUGAUUUAGACGAUUUUACCUUUUCAUCACAAAAUCAUGCUGAUUACAUUUCAGUAAUAUGUCACAGGAAAUUACUGAAGGUACAGUUGAAGAUUUAGAUAAGGAUCAAGAUGACAGCACUGAAGUUAUUGGUUUAUUUCAUCUACCAUGGGAAGAUAUCAUCUUUAGAUAUAUAAUGCCAUGUUUGCCUUUACCCACUCAAUUUAAACUACGAAUUGUCUCAAAAGACUGUAAGGAAUUAGUUGGUGCCUACUUCCGAAGCUGUAAGACAUGCAACAUAUGUAGGGUUGUCGGACAGAUAACUGCAAAAAGUUUUGUGAUACUGACAGAGGAUAACACAUCGUUUACAUCACUGGUAUUGAGGAAUGCUCAAAACUGGUUAACAGAUGGAUUGCUAUUACCUGUAUUGGAACAUAAUUCUAAACUACAAAAAAUAGACUUAACACAUUGUUCUUCAAUUAGUAACAGUUGUUUACACACAAUAUCAAUCAAAUGUUCUCAGCUGACAACAUUAUCUCUACGUGAAUGUCACUGGGUCAGUGAAGCUGGGAUCACAGUGGUGCUAAUGAACUGUCCUAAUCUGAAACAGUUGGAUUUAACGGGAUGUUGGUUAUUAAAUGAUGAUACUGUUAUGUUAAUUGCACAAGUCUGUAAAAACUUAAAAUUUUUAUCCAUAGCAAAGAUUUAUGGGGUGACAGAUUUUGCUCUAAAUGUAUUGGCAAAAACAGCAUUAUCAUUACAGCAUCUGAAUGUCCAGGGCUGUUGGAGGUUAACAAAUUCUUCUAUCAUUAUUUUAGGAGAAUAUGGAAAAUGUUUAGAAGCUUUACAAGUAAGAGAUUGUCGUGAUAUAACAGAGGCAUCCCUAGCAAGAUUACGAACGAGAGGUAUCAAGAUAGAUGUUAGACCACCACCAGAGGCCAGAAAUCUGAAUAUCCUUCACAACGCAUUAGGACUAAGACAAAGGCUUAAUGUGCAAAUAUGAUAUGACGAAACUGUUUCAAGAGAGAUAAAAGAUUUAUUCAUAUAGAAUUUUUAAAAUAUUUUAAAAAGCCAGCAGUUUUGUAAAAGAGUUAUGUAAGAAUAUAUAAUAAAGGUCCCUUAUCAUCCUGGAACAAAAUUGUAAAAGCCAAACAAACAGACAUAAAGAUUACAGAUUCAGACCUGCCAACUAUCCCCAUUUAUGUUGACCUGAAUUUUUAAAUUCUUUAUUUUAUCAGCUGAAGACCUCAAAACAGGCAUUCAAAUGAGUUAAAAGGGUAUUUAAGCACAAAUAUACUCAUUUAAACAAUAUAGUAGUAGAUUAAGAACACUUAUGGUCAUAUAAGAGGAGCAUUAGGUCCUCUUGUGCUUAAAAUCCCCCAUGGAGAUUUUAUAAAGUUGGCAGGUAUGCAGAUUAUUAAAUUCUGGUUGUUUAACAGAAAUAUUAAUCCAAUGAUUCCUUCUGGUUAUAUAAUUUUUUAGAUACACAUGAUACAUAAACUGUGGAAUAAUACACAUAUUCCUUCCAAUUUACACUUGCUAAGCAAAACAAAAUUCCAGCCUUAUAGCAACUAAAUCACCAUAUCAAUAGUUAUCUUAUAGGUAGGUUCUUUAUUUUCUUGUGCAUAAUUGUGGCUUAAGAUAGGUUAUGUAAGCUACAAUAGUACAUGGUUAUAAGUUCAGUGACAAUUAAAUAUUUUCAUUGUAGCAGCAAAAACUACACUUUGCAAAGACUGAAAUUUCACUUUCCUGUCUUAUUUUGAAUGAACAUAUCACUAAAAGAGUUGAAUUUAAAACUAAGUAUCUGAUGGGCAGCUGAACUGGUUGGACAAGAGAUAAAAUUAGUACAAUAGUAACUUCAAAGAAUAAAUAACCUUUAAAGAACAUUCCUUUCAAUUUUAGUAGAAAACAUGACAUUAUGUCUGUUCUACUUUAAAUUUAAAAAAAACUUUAAGCCUUGACAGAAUAGUUCAUCAAGAAUUUCACAGCAAAAUAUGUAAAAUUCACAAGCAAAUUAAGGUGGCACAAUUGAUUUGACAUUGUCUUGUUUUAUUCAGUACACAUUUCAGAUUAUAAUUUCAGAUGCAUAAGAUUUUAUUUAUUCAUUUUGUAGUUUUAGCCAAGACAUGAGAAAAUCAAUAAUAAAAUUAAUUGAUCAUAAGGCUUUCUUCUCUAUUGUAAAUUUAUCAAUAAUAACACUGUAUAUCGGAAAAUUUACAAUGUGUCUUAUUUACACUAAUUUUGUGGAAGAUAUAUUACUAUGAAAUUUACCCUACAUGAACCUUUAAAUGUGCUUUUAAAUGCUUUUUACUUGGCCUUGAAAUGUGAAUAAUGAACACAAUGAAGAUAUAAAUACCUGCUAAAGGGCCCAAACCGUGAACAAAACCUGACAUGAAAAUAACCCGAUAUACGGUAAUAAUUUGUUUGAGGUGAUUAGUUUUCAAGUUAAAUUUCAAAAAAAUGUUUUUACUUAUAUGAAAAUGAAUAUUUGUAUUUGACUAGAUAAUUUAUCUUGGUGCUUUUUAUAUAGACACACCUGUUAUGAAUUAAGUUUAAUAUUAUGAUCCCCCCAAAGGAAAAUUGUAUUUUAACUGUACUUUGAUAUGCAAUGUUCCACCAAUGCUAAAAAAUAUAGAUGUAGAAUAUGAGUGCAACAAAAGAAUGUAUUGAAUAUCUUACAUGAUUUUCCUUCUUUGGUAAUCACUAUACUAUUAGGAAUUUCUCUCACAGUAAUUCCAGAAGGGAAAUUAAUCUCUAUUGUUACAUCUUUAGUGAUAAUUUUUAAAUGAUGGACUUCUGUUGCUUUUAGAAUAUACUAUCUUUAAAAUGUUAUUAUAAUUUCAUGAAGUUUAGUACAGUAUACUAUCAUUUAGUACAUGUAUAAAGGUUUCAUUGCAUUGUAUCUUAUUACAAGCACAACAAUUUUUUUUAAGAAGUUCAUGCAAAGUAAAAUCAAGGAUGAGUUCAGUUUUAGAAAAUUUGAUAUACAUUGUACCAGUAUACUGUUCAAUAUAGAUGGUAUGGAAGUAAAGGAUUCUGGUAUAUGUGAGAAUUAGAUCCCCUAACUGUAGUUUUGAAUUGUAUACCCAGUAGAUAGGUAUUGAAUCUAUUUAUUAAUCUUAAAUAGGCAAAGUUUGUUCUCAGAAACUACAAUGCGAAAUGUACUCCACUCACAGAUGUAACAAGAAUGGCUUUGAUACCUUUACAUACAUGAUACCUUAAAUUCUAUAUAACUGUGAUUAUCUAUAAUGUGUUUUGAUAAUUGAAACAAAAAAAUUGUGUGAAAUCUCUAUGAUGUUGUUGAUGCUUGAUUAGUGUUUGACCAAAUUAUGUGAUUUUUUGUUUUGUAAUGUGUUAAUUUUUUUACUUAUACUUCAAAUUUAUACAAUAUGUAAGUAAGAAUAGAUUUAGAAUAUAUAUGAUGUGAAAUUAUUUGUAACUGUGAUAUUUCUAUACUUUCAUUGUAUUUUUCUUUUUUGGUAGCUUACAUGUCCCAUUGGACCAUGUGAGCUAUUGCAAUUACUUGGCUUACAUUGUUGUAAACUUUUUUUGAAGAUCAUCUCCCCUGAAACAACUGGACCAAGAUGAUCAUCCAAGCAAGAUGUAAAUAUAAGUCAUAUGAAUCUGUUCAUUGACAAUGUAUUGCCCUUUAAUGAUAAUUUUUAUUAGGUUAAAGAUUACACUCAUUCAAUUAAAACCCUUAUGUGGUUGGCUAUAUAGCUAUCAAUUUUCCAAACUUAAUCACUAAUUUUGAGAUAAACAAAACAUAGUGUAUUGAUCACAACAUUCUACACAUCAUAUCCAUGGAUUUCAAGAAAUUUGUUAAUGAAAAAUAUACUCUGAUAUUGAAGUUACAAAAAGAUGUUUGUGUAUAACCAUACUUUUGAAGAAAAUUACAUAACUUGUAGAAGGUGAUCUAGUAUCUGUUCUAAAAAUGACAAUUAUGUCUUGUUAAAGUAAUAUUUAAAAUUGGAGUUAUCUUUCUUUGUCUACAAUUGUAGUUGGACCAACUGCAAUAUCUUUAAUUCAUGAUAUUGCCUUCCAAUGCUUAAUACAAAUAUUCUUGCCAGGUCAGCAAUUCAGACAAAUAUUGGCCUCUAUAUUUGAUUUUUUUAAAUAAAUGUUUUAUGGUGUAAUAGUUUUGUCUUCAACAAUAUCUGAAUACUGUUAAAAUGUUAUAAACAUCAUUUGUUUUUGAUUAUAUAUAUUGUUUAUUUGAUAUAAAAGUGAACCAUACAAUUUA